AGGAUAAUGGGGGACCAAUGGUCACUGAUUAGGCAUUGUUUGCUACAUGAAUAAAGAGGGCGCAAGUAGCUGUAAGUAGUGCAGUGGGGCUUUAAUAGCCUUCUUGAGUUAAUAGGAGCACAGUUUUACAUACAUGGAUUGUGGGUAUUUGGCUGUGAUAGAAACAUGUUUCAGGUACAGCUUUUUUAUGAAAGGCCGCCAUUGUUUUCAAAAUCAAGUUUACAUUUUAACGUUAAAUGCUUUCUUUUGUUUAAAAAAAAAAGCGAACACCAGUACCCUGUUAUAGUUGUCUGCAUGUACUGAUAGCCUUACUCGAGAAGCUUCCAUUCAAAUCAAAGAUACAUAUUUCAUCCUGCUCUUUGUGCUCAGGUGGGGAUUCAAGUUUGCAGAGCUCCUAUCAAAGAAACACUCAGGAAAUGUCAGGUGAUAGAUCAUGUGACGGUGCAAGACAUCUUCCAGAGGAUUUCCCAUUACAAGAUUACUUAGGAACUCAAUCCGAUUCAUCUGAAAGAGAGAGUUGUACAAGUGAGAAUGAUUCUUAUCUCAUACCAAGCCAAGUGCCUUAUUUUCAUGAAAAGCGAGCAGCUGACAGAGAGACACUGGAUGCUACCACGUCAUCUCAUAAACCUGAAGGAAUGGAUAUAGAUAGGAAUGAAGACAUCACGAUGGAAUAUGAUGAGAUGAUCAAUCAGUCUUCCCAGCUUCAUGCAACAGGAAGCGAUCAAAAUGAUCCUAGCUGCAGGCUAACUGAAGAAAAACGCUUUCUCUGCCGUGUUUGUAGCAAAGGUUUUUACUUCAAGUCUAGGUUGUCUAGGCACAUGAAAAUCCAUGGAAGAGAAAAGGCCCCAAGCAAGAAACCACAUCAGUGUAUGGUCUGUGAUUUGACAUUUAGUCGUGUUGAUGAGCUCUCAAGACAUAUAAGAUCCCAUACAGGAUCCUAUACAGGAGAAAUGCCUUACAAGUGUUCUUUUUGUCAAAAAUCACUUUCCACCAGCGGUCACCUUUCAAGGCACAUGAAAGUCCACACAGGAGAGAAGCCUUACGAGUGUUCUUUUUGUAAAAAAACAUUUUCCCAAACCCACCACCUUUCAACGCACAUAAAAAUCCACACAGGAGAAAGGCCCUUUGAGUGUUCUGUAUGUAGCAAAACCUUUUCUGAACGAUGGUAUCUGACAGAACAUCAGAAAGUUCACACAGGAGAAAAGCCAUAUAUUUGUUCCAUUUGUGAGAAAAGGUUCACUAGUAACUGUUAUUGCAAACGACACAUGAGGAUCCAUACAGGAGAAAAACCCUUUCCAUGCUCCAUCUGUGACAAAAGCUUUCGGGAAAAGAGUACCCAUACAAAGCAUAUGACAACUCACAGUGGAGAAAAGCCUCAUGUAUGUUUGAUUUGUAACAAAGCAUUUUCCCAAAGAAGAACUCUUUUAAGACAUAAAAUGAUACACACCAAAGAAACUAAUUUGGAAAAGUCCUAAUGAUGUAAUGUUUGUAAACAAGGGGUUUUGCCAUGAGAAGAGCCUGCUAUUGCAUAUGAAAAGUCACAUAGCAGAAAUGCCUCAUAAAUGAUUGGUUUGUAACGGAGGGUUCAGCAGAAACUUCUUUCUUGUAAGGCAUAUAAGAAGUCACACUGGUGAAAAGCCCUAUGGGUGUUCUGUCUGUGGCUUGUUGGCUCCAUCUGGUCUUUGUAUCAGGACAGGUUGUCAGGUUACAUGAACUAUCGUGAAAACAUAUGCCCCCAUAUUGAUGAAAGGUCGGGUGCAUCACGUCGGGUUACACAAACUUUUGUGUAAACAUGCCCAAACAAUCAUGACAGUCAACUCAAUUGAAUACUAAUAAUUACAUUUUUUCAAAGAUUUUCCUUGAGAUAUGGAAAUCUUUUUACAUUUUAUUAUUGGAAAAAACGCCCAUACAAUCAGACAAUGAAGAAGUGUCAACUGCUAGCUUUUUGACAAAUUCUUGUGAAUAUUAUUCGUUAAUGUGGGGUCGAGACAAAUUUUGUUUGUACAUUUGCUGUAGGUUUUUCAGAAAAACCCUGGUAAACUGGAACCAACACUUUUGGUGAUUUUUAGACAAGUGUCUUUAUCAAACAUUACACCUGACUCUUCGGGACUUAGGAAUAGAUUAUUCACAAUAGUUUGUGUAACCCAACAACCUGACGCGAAGACCCUAUGGAACAAAGUGAGCCUACUAUUUAAAACAAAAGAUUUCCUGUGAAUAUAUCCACAAAAUGCACAUACAUGUCCCACACAGGAGAUAGGCCGUAUGAGUGUUAGUUUUGUAUGGGUGGCAGUCCUUGGACUGCUAAUGAUAAUACUUUGUACACUAUUCUUGUAUAGCGCAUAAGACAUUACAUACGCAUGUCCCUAUAGUGCGCUUGGUAAGAAAAAAGCUACACAGAAAGCAAAGAAAAAAAGGUUACUGAGUUCCUUCUAUCCAUUUAAGAUUAGGAAUAUAAUUUUUUUGAGGUCAGACUCAAUGCAAGUUUUUUGCCCUUAUAUACAAGAAUUUCAACAUCGAGUGUUCCUAAGGAGUCAUUUAAAUAAUGCCUUACUGUUAUACUGUCCAACACUGAUUGUUACAAGGGCAAAAGAGAGUACCAAUGAAAGGCAAUAUCAUGAUAUUUAGAGGAGUACAGUACACCACUUUGUAGAUGGUAUCUGUGCAUGGGCAGAGGAAGGUCAUUUGUAAAAA